AUGAAAGAUUAAUAUAUAACUAUUCAUCGAGAUAUUUUUAUUCUAAAAUAAAAGAAAAUACGAAAAUCUAAAGGGCAUUAAUUGGAAAAAAAUUUUUAUAUUAAUUACCUUAAAUAAUCAAUAUAGAACUUUUAGAUAACGAGGGUAUUGUAUUAUUUUUAAAGAUUAAGUGGGUCACAAUUGUUUGA